AUGGAUUCAUCUUCAUCAGAAGCUAGCAAUGCAAGUAAUAAUGAUAAUAUAAACAUUUCAUUUAAUAGUAGCAAAAAUCAAAUUUCAAGAUUUCAAUCUGUUGAUGCAACAGUUAAGCCUUUGACUCCAAUAGAAAAUUUUAAUGAAAAGAAAACCUAUUGUGUUAGCCCAGGUGAAGAUAUAGAGUUAAGAUGGUAUGAUUACGAUGAUGAUGAUGAGCAGAGUAUAGAGAAGAACUUAGCUGAUGAAAUGGAACUACUGAAAGAUUCUGAAGAUGAAACUAUUUCUAAGAAGGAAAGUCAGCAUAAAUUAACCAUACAGGACAGUAAAAUGCUUAGUGACAAUUCAGUAGCACUAGAGGAUCCUGACAGUGAUAACUUAAAUAGCAUUGAAAUAGUAGAACCAGAAUUACUAAAAGAUAAAUCUAAUUUAGCUACUAUUGAUGAUAACUCUGUUUUAGUGAAUACAGCAGUAAUAAAAAAAACUCUUAAAGAUCCCAAUGUUAUGUUGGAAAUACCCACAUACAUAGAUAUUAGUAACAGUGAUUGUCAAUUGAAUGAUACAUUUAAUAUUAUGGAUUCCAAAAAUGAUGACCAUUUAGUAAAAAAUAAAAAAACAUUAACUGAUAAUGUUAAUAUAAUUGAAGAAGACCAAUCUAAAUCUAGUGUUGCAAGUUACAAAUUGAAAUCUCUUAAAAAUGAAGAGAACUUACUCAAUGAUGAACCAAUAUUAAUUGAUUCCGAGGAUCCAGAACCUGAAAUUAUUAAUAUUAUAGAAGAUGAUGAUAUUUUAGAGCCAACUCCAAACAUAUCCAAUACUAUGUCUGUACUAUCGCACAAUGAUGAUUUGCAAGAUACCCUGAAAAGAAUUACAACAGAUUUAAAUGAUCCCAAUAGAAUGUCUCCUCAGAAAUGUGAUGCAUCAGAUGACAGACCUUCUUCAUAUACUGAAGACCUUGAUCAGUCUGAUAAUAGUUUAUUUUCUGAUUUAGAUGUAAUUCUGCCAACAGACCCAGAAAAUGUGUCCAAAAAUGAAGAUACUGAUUUAUUGUUAGGAAAUAUAGCACCUCAAACAGUAACAGCUAAUGAAAAUCACCAAGAACCACCUAUUGACUUGCCAUCUGAUAAAUACAUAGAAAAUGAGUGUAUGACAACUGUAGCUGAAAGCAAUAAUCAAUCAUAUAUGGAUGUUGGUACUCCUACAACUUUAUCAUGUCACAACAAAGACUCAAUUUUAAACCAAAAUCCUGGAGAUAAUUUAAAAGCAGUGCAAGAUAAUAUACAAAUAUCAAGCCAGAAUGUGAAAGAUCCAUUGUUGUCUGAAGAAAUAAAAAAUAUUGAUGAAUUUCAUCCACUAACAUCAAAAGAAAUUAGAAAUGAUACAAUUUUAUACACCUGUAAAGAAACUAUAGAUAACUGCCUGGACCAAGACAAUAUUUCUUCUUUAUCAAAAGAUCUAAUACAUCAAGAUGAUAAAAUUCCAAGCACAUCAAUAGACUCUGGGGAAGAGAAUUCAAAGUCGAAAACUGAGAUCGCAUUAGACAAUACUAAAGUCGAUAAUGACAGUACAACUAUUCUAAAAGACCUUAGGAAAGAACACCCUGCAUCAGACCAUACCAAUAAAGAAGAAACCAUAAAACCAGAUGAUGACAUUCUAAACAAACCUAAGGAUCUCAAAGAUGCAGCUUUAAAAUCGGAUAAUGCUAGUCCAUCCACAUCUAAGAAUCUCAAUAUGAUGAAUGAUGCUAUUAUAUCCACAUCUAAGAAAGCAAGCCAGAAACUAGAUACAAUUCAACCCUUUGAAGGCCAAAUACAGAAACUUCAAGAAAACAUAGACCCUAUUCCCUCUACCUCAAAAACUGAUGAAGAUGCACAAGACACAUCAGACAGUCUUGGACUGUUGGCUGAAUCUUCUCGUAUGAUAGAAGACGAUGAGGAUCAAGAAGAGGACGAAGAGGGUGAUAAUGGGGAUGAUGAAGAAGAAUUUGAUCCAGAAUAUGAAAGCAGUAACCAAAUGACAGUUGAACAGUCGGAGGAUUCAAGCACCCGUCAAUCAGAAUUAGAUGGCAAAGAAUCCAAAGAGGAUGACAAAAUUGCUGAGAGGCCGUUUGAGUUUGGUGCGCAGAAGGAUGAUCAGCAAGAAGAAAGUACUAAUGAGGCUAACGAAAACGAAGAUGCCGAUGAAGUGACAGUCGAAGCACAGGAUUCAAUUGACAUAGAAUUAAAAAUGUCUGACACUUCUGAUGACGAAAAUAAGUGUAAAGAUUUGCCAGAGGAAAAAACUGAAAAAUCUCCUAGCGCUGUCGACACAAAUGUUGUUGAAUUAGAUUCUGAAGAUGAUGUUCAAGAGACAAAAGACGAUUCGGAUGUGACGUCAGUGAACCUCCCGGCCGGUAUAGAUGUCAUUGCGUCUCACUCUAGCAUAGCGAAUACUGACAUACGAGUGAAAGAGGGGGAGAUAGUCAUAAGCGGUAUACCGAAACCGGCGGCUGUUAAAGUUGCGCGACUGAAUACAGCAGAGGUGUCUAUAAAAACGACAAAACUCCCACCACUCGAAGUAUUUAAUUUGGAUUCCGACGAGGACAUGGAGGUUGAUAAAGAAGUUGCCGAAGAUACAUCGGAAGAUAAAUCGGAAGUAACAGACGCUCAAUCGAAAAGUAUGAAAUGUGUCAACGAAGCGUGUCCACACCUUACGAACGUAUUUUAUGUGGCGGACAGCAGUGCGUUGUCGUUUUACAACGCAAAGAAGUGUCGAUAUGUAUGCGAGAUAUGUGCGGAGGCUGUUGUAAGAAGAAAUGAGAGACUUAUUGAGGGUAUACGUAACUUCGAAAAUCUUGUCCUCUUAGAUUUGGGCAAAGAUAUAAAGGAUUCAAUAGAAGUCCUGGAUUCAGACUCUGAUGAUGACGUGGAUCCCGCGGAUUUGGCCAAGGAGGUUGUGGGAGAGAAAGGGGCCAAGUUACUGGAAGAACAAUUAGCUAAUAUAUUUAACGAGCAAUGGGAUAAAUACAAGAUGGAGACCAGAUUAUUGGAAAGUGUUGAUAGUUUGAAGACGGAAAUGGAGGACCUUGAGAGACAAAGCAAAGAAGUAGACGAAAUGUUGAAGGAAUGUCAAAAAUCGACGGACAAUAUUCGUAACGAGUUAUAUGCUACAUUCAAACCCGACAUAAAGCAAUUACCACCGAUUACUAUAUCUGAUAUGAAUCAGACGCGUCUCUCGAAACGGCGUAUGGCCUCAAGUGUCGAGACACCCGCGAAACGAAAGGCGGAUUGUGAGAAAACUAACAAUAACACGGACAUAACAGUAGUACAAUUAUCUACGGAGAACGCACCACCGGAUCUGCCACCUGUCGGAGAACUAGAACGGCCACAUUUACGAGCCGGAAUGCCCGUAUAUGCCAUGAGGAAUAUGUUUGGGACAUGGGGCAAAGCGCAUAUCGUUGAAGUCAUUGGGGCAUCGAGUUCGCCGUUUUCCAUGUGUCGUAUCAAAUUCGACAAAUCCCAGAAGAACAUGUAUAAGAAUCUCAGCGCACGAAAUCUGGCUUAUUGCGAACCAGCCAAUGCGAGGAUGACUAUUGGUACACGCGUCAUAGCGUUGUUUCAAGGUUCUGCUGAGGUUGGGAAAGACAGCAAGCUGCGUGAGAAGUUCUAUUCUGGUAUUGUGGCUGAAGUCCCUAAUCCUGUUAAUAGCUUCAGAUAUUUAAUAUUCUUCGACGAUGGCUACGCGCAAUACGCGACUCAUGUGGACACUCGUCUCGUCUGCGAAUAUUCCACUCAAGUGUGGGAGGAAGUUCAUCCAUUUUCGCGACUCUUUGUGAAGGAGUACCUCUUCAAUUACCCCCAAAGGCCCAUGGUCAGAUUGAAAGCCAACGAGACAAUUAAGACCGAGUGGAAGGACAAAUGGUGGCCGUCAAAGGUUGUCAAAGUAGAUGCGUCACUAGUUCUAGUACAGUUCCUAAUAUGUGAUUCGAAGGCUAGGCUGGAAUGGAUUUAUCGUGGAUCCACGAGACUCGAACCCCUAUACCGCGAGAUUCAGGCCGCGGGUAGACAGCGGCAGAGAGCUAUGCCACGACCGCAAGCUGUUUCGAGGCCAAAUAUGCCGAUUGUGGAGUACAUGCGGUCAGAUGAACAAAAGUCGACGGAGUUGCAGAAUAUCAAAGAUAUUAAUAAUGAGGAGCUCCGUCGCCAACGCGCAGUAGCGAAGAAAUCGACAGCCGCGCCCACGCCCGCACCAGCGUUGAACCCCACACUUCACAAGUCGAGCUCCGAUAGCUUCUAUAGUCGAGUCGUGUACUAUACUCCAAAAAAAGCAGUGAGUCCAUACAAAAUACCCGCGAAUCAUGUUUGUGGACCGAAUUGUAAGAGAAAGGAUGUCUUGUCGUUGAAGGAUCUCCUCACCUACAAUCCACUCGCAAAACCACUGCUCAGUGGUUGGGAAAGGCAAAUUGUCCGAUCAAAACACGACAAACGCAUAAUGUAUCGCGCGCCUUGCGGACGUCGUAUACGCAACAUGAAGGAACUGUUGCGUUACCUGCAAACGAUCAAAUCUGAUAUGGGCGUGGAUCUGUUCGACUUUGGACCUAACACGCACUGUUUGGCCGAAUCCGUCAUUAAUCAGUACGUCGUUUCUAAGAAGGAUCUAGCGAAUGGCAAAGAGAACGUACCGGUCCCGUGUGUGAAUUUCUACGAUGGUUCGCUGCCAGAAUUCUGUGCGUAUAGCACGGAGAGGACGCCGACAGCGGGAGUACCACUUAACUUGGACCCGGAGUUUCUAUGUGGGUGUGACUGUGAAGAUGAUUGUGAGGACAAAACGAAAUGUGCCUGCUGGAAAUUGACGCUAGAGGGCGCUAAAACUAUCGGAAUAGAAGGAGAAGAUGUUGGAUAUGACUACAAACGCCUGCCUGAACCAUUGCGUACAGGCAUUUAUGAAUGCAACUCUAGAUGCAAAUGUAAAUCUACGUGUUUAAAUCGAGUCGUUCAACACCCAUUACAAUUGAAAUUACAGGUGUUUAAAACUCCGAAUCGAGGCUGGGGCAUUCGGGCUUUAAAUGACGUUCCCAAGGGUUGCUUUAUUUGUAUUUACGUUGGAAAUCUACUUACAGACGCUACCGCAAACCUGGACGGUUUAAACGAGGGCGACGAAUACUUGGCCGAGUUGGACUACAUAGAAGUCGUGGAACAGACAAAGGAAGGCUACGAAGAAGAUAUCCCGGAAGCCAUCAAGGCUCUAGAUAAGAAAGAGGGUAAUCAAACAUCAGAAGAGAGUGAGAGUGAAGAGGAGGAAGAAGAAGAAGAGGAAGCAAAGAGUCAGAGCGAGGAUGAAGAGUUCAAACCUGUUGGUUACUCACCCAUACCUGAGGCCAUACAUUUCAAUAAGCGUUUAAGAAAACGAAAGAUGGAAGAAGAAAAUAAAACGAUCAAGAGCGAAGUGAAACAGGAUGAGACGGAAAAAGAAGGGAAUGGCGAAGAUGGAUGUAUCACAAUUAGUGAUGAUGAGGAAGUUCGUGAGCCGUCCAGCUUCACAGCUGCAGCUGGGAUGGGGCAGGGCGAUUUUGUUUCUAGGCAUAGAUCUGUUCGUAAAUUAUUCGGCGAGGACGAGGCGUGUUACAUCAUGGACGCUAAGGUGCAAGGCAACAUUGGACGAUAUCUUAACCACUCAUGCUGCCCAAACGUAUUCGUACAAAACGUGUUCGUGGACACACACGAUCCGCGUUUUCCGUGGGUCGCGUUCUUCGCGAGCUCGCACAUAAAGGCCGGCCAAGAGCUGACCUGGAACUACAACUAUGACAUCGGUUCGGUACCCGGGAAAGUUCUGUACUGCUACUGCGGGGAGACAAAUUGUAGGGGACGACUAUUGUAG